AAUCGUUGCUGAUUUUAGAGCCUUCAUUGUUACAUUGAAAGAGCAAGCACCCCAAUUUAACAAUGAAGCUGCCGCCCUCUCUCCCACAUCUCCACGCCUCAAUCAAGAUACGGAAUUAUUUUCAAAUACAAUAAUAUUUGGCAUGAACAGAGGACUUGCAGUUUUGCAACAUCUUUUCCCCAGUUUGGUGGGAUCCAGCCGUAGCUUCAAACAGACUUGUUAUUGUUGGAAUAGGAGACGGAGGUGUCGGAAACGCGAGUGGGCGUUUACUGAUGGAACCUCAAGGUCACGUGACCUAUCCAUGUGGAUAAAGCAAGGUGAAGCACCAUGUCAUCAUGUGUCACAAGCAGAUCUGCUGCCAAAAGGCCUGCAAGCAGAAAUGAGCCAUGUGCUAACAACAAGGAGCAGUCAGAUAUUAGUUGUAGUCUGUCAUCCCUAACUAUUGACUUAGGCAUGGAGUCUUUCAUCAUCGUGACUGAAUAUGACCAGAGUACCACAGGCAGCGACCUAGGACAAAAUGGGGAAGGAAUACCUGAAGAUGAACCUAUGCAAGAGAAUAAUGAAUUGGACAGAUCAUCAUGCGAUAAGGCUUUGGGAAGAUUAGAAAGAGCUCAAUCUGAAGAUAUUCGACAACCUAGAAUAAAACUAAGUAUGUCCAAUCGGAAGCUAUCUCUUCAAGAAAAGUCCAAUUUAACUCAGUCAUCUGCCAGCAGUUCAGCCAUUAAUGGACGUUAUAUAUAUCCUUCUUUGCCAUAUUCUCCAAUUACAUCGCCACAUUCUUCUCCUCGGUUGCCUCGUCGCCCAACAGUGGAAUCUCAUAGAGUGUCUAUUACAGAUCUACAGGACUGUGUGCAGUUAAACCAGUACAAAUUAAAAGAUGAAAUUGGAAAGGGUUCCUAUGGAGUUGUCAAACUGGCAUAUAACGAAGAUGAUAACACCUACUAUGCAAUGAAAGUCCUUUCUAAAAAGAAGUUGAUGAGGCAAGCUGGAUUUCCACGUCGUCCCCCACCUCGAGGUGCCAAAGUUGUUCCACAAAUCUCUGCACAGCCUAAAGGGCCUUUGGAUAGUGUGUACCAAGAAAUUGCCAUUUUGAAGAAGUUGGAUCAUCCAAAUGUUGUCAAACUAGUUGAAGUGCUCGAUGACCCCAGUGAGGACCAUCUGUACAUGGUUUUUGAGCUUGUGAAACAAGGCCCUGUAAUGGAGGUUCCAACUGAAAAACCCUUGUCCGAAGAACAAGCACGAUUCUACUUUCAAGACUUGAUUAUGGGAAUUGAAUUCUUGCACUAUCAAAAGAUCAUUCAUCGUGACAUUAAACCUUCCAAUCUCCUGGCUGGAGAAGAUGGCCAUAUCAAAAUAGCUGACUUUGGGGUUAGCAACCAGUUUGAGGGAACAGAUGCCCUUCUGACCAGCAGUGUGGGCACACCUGCAUUCAUGGCUCCUGAGACCAUUUCAGAAACCAGGAAGAAUUUUCAUGGCAAGGCUUUGGAUGUUUGGGCAAUGGGCAUCACGUUAUACUGUUUCGUUUUGGGGCAUUGCCCCUUCAUGGAUGAUCAGAUACUAAAUCUGCAUUACAAAAUUAAGAACCAGCCUGUGGAGUUUCCUGAGCAGCCAGACCUCUCUGAAGAACUCAAGGAUCUCAUUAUUAAAAUGCUAGAUAAAAGCCCAGAAACCAGGAUUACAGUUUCACAGAUCAAGAUACAUCCCUGGGUGACAAGACAUGGUGCUGAAGCACUUCCUACAGAGGAUGAGAAUUGUAUACUUGUUGAAGUUACUGAAGAGGAGGUUGAGAAUUCGGUCAAACAUAUUCCAAGCCUGGCAACUGUCAUUCUUGUUAAAACAAUGCUUCGAAAACGUUCUUUUGGGAACCCUUUUGAGGGAAGUAGGCGAGAGGAAAGAUCUUUGUCUGCGUCAGGAAACUUUCUUGUAAGAAACAAAUCAGGAAAUGUGAAAUACUGCUACUUGCAUAGUAGCCACAGGAAACAAGGUAGUGGGGAUAGUCUAAAGGGUCCUGAUCUACCAGAAGUUGGAGAAGAUGAGGUUCUGUCAUGAAGUUAAAAUGUAAUUAAAGGACAUUGUGCAUGUUCUUUGGGUUCUCCAGCAAGAAUGCAUCAGUUGCCAGAGGAUGACAGAUAUGUCAAAAACCAGAUUAAUGCAUUAGAAGAGAACUUCCUAAGGUAUAAGUUAUCAACAGCUGUCGAAUCACAGGUUUUAAUGUCUUUUGUGGUCUUGCAUGAAAAUGCUUUGAAAUGUUUCAUUGCCUCGCACACACGCAACUUAAACAUAGGGCAUGGAAAGUCAGUUUAUGAGUACAGCUGUUCAACUGGUUUUUAACAUUUUAAAUCUUUAUACAAAAUAACCUGCUUUCUUAAGAUAUUUCUGCUGUAUUUAAUUGAGGUAGUUGUGCAUGUUCCUUUCAGGUGUUCUGGGACCCAGAAUUUAUCCUCAAAAUGGAGGAGAUGUAGGUACUUGAAAACUGAUUUUGCCAUAAUAUUAACCAGAUGCAUAUUAUAGAAUGUUUACAAUAUUGGCUCAAUAUUCUGAUCUGCAUUUAAUUUUUCAACUCUGUAUGUACAAGUUAAUACCAAUUUGGCAGAACUGUUACAUUUUUUAAAAAAGUACCUUACACUUUCACCUUAACGUACAUUAGUUUGCAUGGUAUUUGAGGUUAGUUUAUAUUGAUGAUGAACUCAUUAAAAUACUUCGUAAAAUGUACUGCACUGAAUAUUGUGGAGACAUUUCAAUAUUCUGAUCCAUAUUCAUAAUUGCCACAAAUAAUUAAUUUCCUUCAGAGAUGUGCUAGACUUUUAGAUGAUCUGGAUUACAUAUUUACUGCAUUUGAUACUGUAUAUUAGUCAGUGUACAGGAUUUUAUCAUAGUACUGUUUUGUCCAGGGUUAAAUAUUGAAGGCUGCAAAGGUUUCUGUAAAAAAAAAACCUCCAUUUUAUGGGUAUGGUCUCCCAUAUUGAUUUUAAUGACCAAAGCAAAACCCUUUUCAAAAAAGUUGUUGUUUGAAAACAUGAUUUACAGUGCAAAAAAAAAACCACAGUAUUUUUUUAUCCAGAUGGUACUAAUAUACUGAUAUGCAACGUGCAUCAUUUAAUCAAUGGAAUGCUUUGGAAAAGGGCAAAUGCUUUCAUAAUACAGAAUCAUGAGAUUGUGUGGAAAUAGUUCUUAUUUGUAAAUGCAUGUUGAGGAAUACAAAUGAUGGUUUCUUGUGAACAGUUAUGUGAUUUUAAUGGAGUAUAUAUUACAUUUACAUGGAAACUUUAUGCUGUUAAUUAUCUCAUCAUCAAAGAGAAAGGAAAUAUGAAUUUGUAAUGUAGAAAAGCCAUGAUUGUCAUCUGCUUUACUUUGGGUAAAAUCUUGCCUACUUUAAGAUGCUCCUUAAAACCUACCUCUCCACGCAAGCUUUUAGUCAUUCAUUCUAAAAUCAUCUUUUGCUGAAUGUUUAUGUAUGACUAUUCCUGUGAAGCGCCUUAGUAUGUUUAACUGUGUCCAAGGCACUAUUAUUGUGAAUUGAAAAUGUUCACACUUUAAAAUUGAAGGACAUAGUGGCCUUUUAAUCUUCUUGUAUUGAUAAUUUAUCAGUGUUUAACUAAAAAUUACAAUUAUGCUACAUUGCAAUAUUUCUGAAAUGAAUUGCCAAAUUUAAUUUGUGCAUUUAAUAAACGUGAUUCUUGUGCUUAAGUUUUAUACAGUGGCCAAAUAUUAUUUAUGUACCUGUGGAAAUAGUAAUUAUACUGAAUUAUCAGUUAUAGCCUCGCACACUUAGAUGCUGCCUAAAUGUCUCUCAAACACUGUUCUGCUGUUUCAUGGUGAGCUUUCAUCCAAUAUUUCUUCACCAAAAGCUUUCAUGUUUUAUAAUAAAUAUGUAAAUUAAGUACAAAUAUUAUCUAAUAUCUUGAAAAACGGCCAUUAUUUUGGAAGCUGGAAACACUGCAUCUGUUGAAAUAGUCAACUUUUUAUUGGAGAUCACAUAGUGACAUUUGAGAAAAAUGUUAAGAUGUGUAACGGAUUACAUAGUGUAAUAGAUGUUUAUAAAAAUGCUUGUUAAGUAAUUUGUGUUGAGAAUUUAUGAUUUAUAGAAGUUAAGGCAAUCAUAAAACCUUUUGUAAUCUGUAUUAAACUGUGUGAUUUCAUCAAUAAAGCAUUUAUUAGGGUCA